GCCAAUGCAAGCAAAUUGCCGACCAAAGAAUAAUGUCAUAUGAACUUAUUGUAGUUCAGCAAAAGAAAAAUUCUCAUUCCCACCAACAAACAAAUAACAUUGUAUAAAAGGCACAUCCUGCAAUCUCUUUUGCUAUGGAUUCGUUAACGUUAUCAACGGCAAAAAUUGCUAAUGGAGCAAUAGUUUGUUGUGAGUGUGACCUACAAGGUGAUAUUACCAUAGGAUCUCGAACAGUUAUUCACCCCAGAGCCAAAAUUAUAGCAUUAUCUGGUCCAAUCAUUAUUGGAGAGAACAACAUCAUAGAAGAGCAAGUUCAGAUAAUAAACAGCUGUGAAACUGCCAUGAUAAUUGGGAACAACAAUGUGUUUGAAGUUGAUUGUCAUGUGGAAUCAAAGUUCAUUGGAGACAAUAACAUAGUUGAGUCAAAAGCAUUUGUUGGAAGACAAACAUCUCUGAGUAAUGGUUGUGUAAUUGGAGCCAAAUGUGAAGUCCUUGUUGCAGAGACUCUUCAAGAAGGUUCCCUCUUUUAUGGUGCGGGUUCUGAUGUUAAAAGGAGGGUGCAAUCAGAUAAACCUUCGGCCCAGGGUGCCCAAAUUGAAUUUCUUUCGAAAGUAUUACCCAACUAUCAUCGCAUUAGAAAACCACUCGCCUAGGCUGCCUAUGAAUGUACGAGAAAAUUAAUUCCAAAUCCUUUACUGCA